AGUGUGAAAGUGUCCCUAGACCAAGAGCCCAGAGCUCUAAACUGCCAUCAGGAUGGUGGGUGAAGGCCCCUACCUCAUCUCAGAUCUGGACCGGAGAGGCCAGAGGAGAUCCUUUGUGGAGAGGUAUGACCCCAGCCUGAAGACGAUGAUCCCAGUGCGGCCCUAUGCAAGGUUGGCACCCAACCCAGUGGACGAUGCAGGGCUGCUCUCCUUCGCCACGUUUUCCUGGCUUACGCCCGUGAUGCUUAGAGGCUAUAAGCGCACACUGACUGUGGACACUCUGCCCCCACUGUCACCAUAUGACUCAUCUGACACUAAUGCCAAAAGAUUUCAAGUCCUUUGGGAUGAAGAGAUAGAAAGUGUGGGUCCUGAGAAGGCCUCUCUGGGCCGCGUGGUCUGGAAAUUCCAGAGGACACGAGUUUUGAUGGAUAUCGUGGCCAAUAUCCUGUGCAUCAUCAUGGCAGCCACAGGGCCGGUGAUUCUCAUUCACCAAAUCCUCCAGCAUGCCGAGAACACCUCCAGCAAAGUCUGGGUUGGCAUCAGUCUGUGUGUAGCCCUUUUUGCCACUGAGUUUACCAAAGUCCUCUUCUGGGCCCUUGCCUGGGCCAUCAAUUACCGCACGGCAAUCCGGUUGAAGGUGGCCCUCUCCACUCUGGUUUUUGAAAAGCUGGCAUCCUUCAAGACAUUGACACACAUCUCUGUUGGUGAGGUGCUCAACAUACUGUCAAACGAUAGCUAUUCCUUGUUCGAAGCCGCCUUGUUUUGCCCCUUGCCGGCCACCAUCCCGAUCCUAAUGGUCGUUUGCGCGGUGUACGCCUUUUUCAUUCUGGGACCCACAGCUCUCAUCGGGAUAUUGGUGUAUGUCAUCUUCAUUCCCAUCCAGAUGUUUAUGGCUAAGCUCAAUUCGGCUUUCCGAAGAUCAGCAAUUUCUCUGACCGACAAGCGGGUUCAGACAAUGAAUGAGUUUCUGACCUGCAUCAAGCUGAUUAAAAUGUAUGCCUGGGAGAAAUCUUUCACCAACGCCAUUCGAGAUAUAAGACAGAGGGAAAGAAAAUUACUGGAAAAGGCUGGAUUUGUCCAAAGUGGAAACUCAGCCCUGGCCCCCAUUGUGUCCACCAUAGCCAUUGUGCUGACAUUCUCCUGUCACAUCCUCCUGAGACGCAAGCUCACCGCCUCUGUGGCAUUUAGUGUGAUUGCCAUGUUUAAUGUAAUGAAGUUUCCCAUUGCAAUCUUGCCUUUCUCUGUCAAAGCAGUGGCCGAAGCCAAUGUCUCUCUAAGGAGAAUGAAGAAAAUUCUUAUAAAUAAAAGCCCCCCAUCUUACAUCACCCAACCAGAAGACCCAGAUACUGUCUUGCUUUUAGCAAAUGCCACCUUGUCAUGGGAGCAAGAAGCUAGCAGGAAAAGUGACCCAAAGAAAGUACAGAACCAGAAAAGACAUAUUUUCAAGAAACAGAGGUCAGAGGCCUACAGUACGUUGAGUCUACCAGCCCCGGGAGCCGCUGACCCACAGGAGCAAAGUGGCAGCCCCAAGUCGGUUCUGCACAACAUCAGCUUUGUGGUGAGAAAGGGCAAGGUCUUGGGAAUAUGUGGGAAUGUGGGAAGUGGAAAGAGCUCCCUCAUUGCAGCUCUCCUAGGACAGAUGCAGUUACAGAAAGGGAUCGUGGCAGUCAACGGGCCGCUGGCCUAUGUUUCACAGCAAGCAUGGAUCUUUCAUGGAAAUGUGAGAGAAAACAUACUCUUUGGAGAAAAGUAUGACCAUCAAAGAUAUCAGCAUACAGUUCAUGUCUGUGGCCUUAAGAAGGAUCUGAGAAGCCUCCCUUAUGGAGACCUGACUGAGAUCGGGGAGCGGGGCCUCAACCUUUCUGGGGGGCAGAGGCAGAGGAUCAGCCUGGCCCGUGCCAUCUACUCCGACCGUCAGCUUUACCUGUUGGACGACCCCCUGUCUGCCGUGGACGCUCAUGUGGGGAAGUACAUCUUUGAGGAGUGCAUUAAGAAGACACUCAGGGGGAAGACAGUCGUCCUGGUGACCCACCAGCUGCAGUUCUUGGAAUCUUGUGAUGAAGUCAUUCUGUUAGAAGAUGGAGAAAUUUGCGAAAAAGGAACCCAUAAGGAGUUAAUGAAGGAGAGAGGGCACUAUGCAAAACUGGUUCACAACCUCCGAGGGUUGCAAUUCAAGGAUCCUGAACACAUUUACAAUGCAGCAAUGGAGGAAGCCCUGAAGGAGAGCCCUGCGGAGAGAGAUGAAGAUGCUGGCAUCCUAGUUUUGGCUCCAGGAAAUGAGAAAGAUGAAGGAAAAGAAUCUGAAACAGACUUAGACUCUGUAGACACUAAAGUUCCUGUGCACCAGCUCGUCCAGACUGAAUCCUCCCGGGAAGGAACCGUGACCUGGAAAACAUAUCACACAUAUAUUAAGGCUUCUGGAGGGUACCUGCUUUCUCUCUUCACAGUGUCCCUCUUCCUCCUGAUGAUUGGCAGCUCUGCCUUCAGUAACUGGUGGCUGGGUCUCUGGUUGGACAACGGCUCACAGAUGACCUGUGGGUCCCAGGGCAACAAGACCAUGUGUGAGAUGGGUGUGGUCCUGGCAGACACCGAGCAACAUGUCUACCAGUGGGUGUAUGCAGCAAGCAUGUUGUCUGUGCUGGUGUUUGGCAUCACCAAAGGCUUCACUUUUACCAAGACCACUCUCAUGGCAUCCUCCUCGCUGCACGACAGAGUGUUUUACAAGAUCCUGAAGAGCCCAAUGAGCUUCUUUGACACGACUCCCACUGGCAGGCUAAUGAACCGCUUUUCCAAAGAUAUGGACGAGCUGGACAUGAGGCUGCCAUUUCAUGCAGAGAACUUUCUGCAGCAGUUUUUUAUGGUGGUGUUUAUUCUCGUGAUACUGGCUGCUGUGUUUCCUGCUAUCCUUUUCAUCCUGGCUGGCCUUGCUGUAGGCUUCUUCAUCCUUUUACGCAUUUUCCAUAGAGGAGUCCAGGAGCUCAAGAAGGUGGAGAACAUCAGCCGAUCACCCUGGUUUUCCCACAUCACCUCCUCUGUGCAGGGCCUGGGCAUCAUUCACGCCUAUGACAAGAAGGAGGACUGCAUUCACACCCACCUGUUGUACUUCAACUGUGCUCUCAGGUGGUUUGCUCUAAGAAUGGAUGUCCUCAUGAAUAUCGUCACCUUCAUUGUGGCCUUACUGGUGACCUUGAGUUUCUUCUCAAUUAGUGCUUCAUCCAAAGGCCUGUCAUUGUCUUACAUCAUCCAGCUGAGUGGACUGCUCCAAGUGUGUGUGCGAACAGGAACAGAGACCCAAGCCAAAUUCACCUCUGUGGAGCUGCUGAGGGAAUAUAUUUCGACCUGUGUUCCUGAAUGCACUCAUCCUCUCAAAGAGGGGACCUGUCCCAAGGACUGGCCUAGCCGUGGGGAGAUAAUGUUCAGAGACUAUCAGAUGAGAUACAGAGCCAACACCCCCCUUGUUCUUGAUGGGCUGAAUUUGAACAUACAAAGUGGACAUACCGUUGGGAUCGUUGGAAGAACAGGUUCUGGAAAGACAUCUCUAGGAAUAGCCUUGUUUCGUCUGGUGGAGCCAGCUGGUGGCACGAUCCUCAUCGAUGAGGUGGAUAUCUGCACCAUUGGUUUGGAAGACCUCAGAACCAAGCUGACUGUGAUCCCCCAGGAUCCUGUCCUGUUUGUAGGUACAGUAAGGUACAAUUUGGACCCAUUUGAGAGUCACACCGAUGAGAUGCUUUGGCAGGCUCUGGAGAGAACGUUCAUGAGAGACACAAUAAUGAAACUCCCAGAAAAAUUACAGGCAGAAGUCACAGAAAAUGGAGAAAACUUCUCAGUAGGGGAACGUCAACUGCUUUGUAUGGCCCGAGCACUUCUCCGUAAUUCAAAAAUCAUUCUCCUUGAUGAAGCCACUGCCUCCAUGGACUCCAAGACCGACACCCUGGUUCAGAGCACUAUCAAAGAUGCCUUCAAAGGCUGCACAGUGUUGGCCAUUGCCCACCGCCUAAGCACGGUUCUCAACUGUGACCGCGUCCUGGUCAUGGAAAAUGGGAAGGUGAUUGAGUUUGACAAGCCCGAAGUCCUUGCUGAGAAACCAGAUUCUGCGUUUGCGACAUUACUAGCAGCAGAAGCUGGAUUAUGA